AUGAGAAGACCAUCAAAACCGCCCCAUGACUUUGUGGUACCUGUAGGUAAUCCAAUUUUGCGUGGGCAGGCCUUAGCCGUUGAUCACAGGAAUAUCAAGAGCAAAGAAACUCAGGAAGUGCUGGAACAGUUAGUCAAGGUGAUGAGAAAAAAGGGAGCCGUUGGACUGAGUGCGCCUCAGGUAGGCGUUGGACUACAGAUAAUAGCAGUGGAGUGCACCAGGAAACAGUUGGACCUUGUGCCGCAGGAAAUCAGGAAAAUUAGAGAAAUGCAAGAGUUCCCACUGAAGAUCUUCAUCAACCCCAAGCUGAAGGUGACCGACUACUCAACUGUAGUGUUCCCAGAGGGUUGUGAAAGUCUGCCAGGAUUUCAGGCCAAUGUGCCCAGGUACUACGGUGUAAAUAUCACGGGUCAGUAA